AUGGUGGGAGCAUUUGCACGACAGAAAUGCAGAAAUCGGUCAUCUGCCAUGGCAGGUGUGGUGUACUCCAGACAGGCCCCUGUGGACUUAGAUAUAUACCAGAGCUCUUACAUGAUUGACUAUCAACCCUACGGGAAGCGCAAAUACUCCAGGGUCACACUACAAGAGCAAGUGAAGCUGGAUGCCCAGCUCCGGGACAAAGAGUUGUACAGGCCGAUCCCCAGCUCCAAGCCCAAGCUAGAGGAUGGGUACCCCGCCUUCAAAACUCCUCCCAUGACCGCCAGAGACCUGGGACUCCCAGGCUUCUUCCCACCACAAGACCAAGACCGGGCGACCACGGCAGAGGGCGAAGGCAGGUUCACCGGUCUCCGCCAUUCCGUGUACCCGGUUUCCCACGCUCUGUACCUGGCCCAGGGCGAUCCCAACCGCGUCCACCAGAGCGCCCACUUUCCGUGCCUCCUGGAGCCCGAGCGCCAGCCUGCCGCCAAGGAGGGCAAAGGCUACUUCCUACUGCCUGGCUGCCUCUGUCCUCAUCACCACAAAGUCAAGUUCCCCGUCUUGAACCGAUGGGGGCCCUUGAUGCCAUUUUACCAGUAG